GCGGGGGCUGCCGGGACGGCGGAGGACCGGGCGCGGGGCGGGGCGCUAAGAUGGCGGCGGGGAGCCGAGGAAGAACUUCAGAGGUUCUGUCAUCGCUUCCCUUACAGAUCCUGUUCUAUGUAAAUGGGAUUUAUUACAUCUUCUACUUCUUGGCAACUCUUGCAAUGAUUGUUUACAAAAGUCAAGUUUUCAGUUAUCCAGAUGAUUUCCUGGCUCCUGAUCUUGCCGUGCUUUUCCUUAUGGCCAUGCUGGAAGUGCCUCGACUAUACUUGGGUUGCAAGGGAAACCUGAGGGAGGAGGAGGCUCCGCUGGCGCUCAGCCUGGGGCUCACGGUGGGCAGUGUGGUGCUGAGCGUGUACCUGCUGGCCUGGCAGACCUACGUGCUGUGGGCAGACGUCGUGCUCACGGCGCUGCUGCUCUGUGCCUACGGGCUGGAGUCGGGGCUCAAGGUCACGGCCAUCGCUGCCUUCGUCAGCUGAGCCCAGCACAUUGCCUGCCACACAGCAGUGGGCUUUCAUUGCAAGGAGUUAAUUCUUUGUAUGGAGAACUUCUGUUUCAAUUAGAAAUUUUCAGGGCAGAGAUGUCCCUGCGUGGUGUCCUGCCCAGCCCCUCCGUGACACCGUCCCGCUCGUGGCUUAUUUGUGUGCAAAGGAUGAAUCAGCAAAACCCUCGAUGCUCUGGCAUUCACCAGGGAUCAAUACUAAAUACCCAUUCCCAACACAGGACAGGAGCCAGCACAUCAUCCCUGCUGGGACGAUGGGAGUUUUCAUGGCACGGCAGCAACGUGCAGCCCAAGUGACACAGAAAUGAACCAGGCCAGGACUCAUUCCCGCCUCGCCACUCACACGGCCGCCUUCGAGGGCACAGCUCCUCUGCUGCUCUCCUUUGUGCUUCCAGACCUCAGUGGUAAUUUCCCUGACUUUAGUAGGGCAGAACCUGGUGUAUCCCAGCGGGAGACAGUGGAACUGGGUUUUGUGCAUACCCAGAGAGCUGAGCUGCAGGGUUUGGGCUGCUGUUCUUACUGACAUGGCGUGUGAGGGGAUGUUUGGUUAGAUAUGAUGGCCUCAAAAUGAACAAAACCAGCUCACGCUGACUUCUGUCCUGUUUACUAGUCCAGCAGAAUGUUGGCAGGUGGAUUCCUAUGUGGUGUUAAACGUGUUGAUUUCCACUAUUCUGCAAAAAUUACUACAUUCAAGCCUUGUCUUUUAACUGAACAACUUGUGCAAAUUCAGAGUUUUUUACUGUAUCAAAAACAUAUGCUAAUGAAAAGCUUGGGGAGUUUGUGGGGUUUUGAAGAAGCAGGUUUUAUAUUCAGAAUUUCCUAUUUUUGUAUUUAUUUAUUCAUUCAAAUAAAUAAUGGUUUAGAUCUAAGGAGUGUUUGAA